AUGGCAAGAAAUACGCUUCUUGCUUUGACCGCCCUGGUUGCGGCUGGAGCCUAUGCUGAUAACACGUCCUAUGAUGUCAACGCUGGUUGCUCCAAUGACCAACUCCUCCGAUGGUAUGACGAAGAUAUCGGUCUCUUCCUUUACCCUAAUGGGGCCUACUACUUCUGGCAAGCUGGUGUCAUGAUCACAGCGGUUGCCAGCCUCGCUGCGCUCGAUAGUGGUGUCAAGAGCAGAACCGCUGCGAUGUGGCAAAACACGUAUCUCAAGGGGGGUCAACCUUCUCAUGGUGUCAUACAAUUAGACAGCACCGGCCGUAAGAUUGUUGUGCCAAAGGGAUCAGCGAGCAGCAUUCCAAGCAAAUUCAGGAAGAGAGAACAAGGCUUUCUAGCAAGUCACUACGACGACGAAGGUUGGUGGGGUUUGGCGUGGCAAGAUGUCUACGAUCUCACCGGAGUCCAGGACUAUCUCACAGAAUCUAUUGCCAUUUGGCAGGAUAUGAAUGCUGGUUGGGGCAAUCUCAACUGUGGUGGUCUCCCUUGGUUCAAAGGCGAAGCUAAGACCGACAACCCGUUAGCUAUUCCCAAUGAACUGUACCUUGCUAUCAGUGCUAGUCUCGCCAACCGUGUCCCCAGCAGCCAAAAGCAGACAUACCUAAGUGCCGCACAAACAGCUUGGGCCUGGUUCCAAAAGGUUGGCUUCAUCAACAGCCAAGGUCUUGUCAAUGAUGCUGUAAAUGGUAACACCUGUGUGAAUGAUAACAAUCAGCCAACUUGGACCUACAACCAGGGUGUUAUCAUCGGUGGUCUUGCAGACCUCUAUAUCGCCACGGGAGACUCAUCUUACCUCACAUCAGCUAGUCGGAUUGCCAAUGCUACUAUGGCUCACCUGGUUGACAAUAACGGCAUUCUUGCUGACAGCUGCGAUCUGUCACACAGCUGCAGCGGUGAUAAUCUCCAGUUCAAGGGUGUCUUUGCUAGGAAUCUCCAAAAGCUAUACCAUAGCCAGCCUUUCCCUGCCUACAAGGCGUUCUUGGAAAAGAACGCCCAGUCCAUUUGGCAAAACGAUCUCGCUGUGGAGGCAGGAGACUGCUUUAAUGGGGCUGAUUGGGGUGGUCCCUACGUUCUUGGCUCUGCUACGGCCAGCAGCCAGAGCAGCGCCCUUCAGUGUCUUGUUGCUGCCCUCUAUGUCUCUCAGAAUUAG